GACGAACAAUGCCAUAAUUGGUAUUACUUUAUCUGCAUUAGGCUUGAAUUAUUUCCAUGUACAAAUUUAACGUAUAAGAAAACAAAAGCUUUAUGAUAUAAUAAGUAUACACUUCGAUAAAAAAUAUAUAUAUUUAUUAAACUGGUUUUUUUCGAAUCAAAAUUUUGGCUCCGCCACUGUGAGGAGUAAACCCACCAAUCAAUCGGCCAACUGGUCGGCCUAGGGCUCCAUUGUGACCAAAUCACAUGUCGAGUAUCGGGAAGUGCUCCGUAACCACACUGUCUCCUGAUAUAAGUGAGUAUCCAAUGAAUUAGGCCAUGUAACAAAAUAAAUGGUCCCAAGUGACACUAGAGUGCGUCGUGUCCACUUAUCAGCACUGGAAGCCGCAAAUUGGUGCCGUAUUUACCGUUGGGCCCGUAAACGAGGACAAGGAACUCCCACGUGAUAAUGGAAUUAUUUAAGCGACUCAUCACCGUUCAAACCCAAUUUCCAAAUCACCGCCCCAAGCCCUCUAAUAAGUACCACCAAAUUCCAAAGUCCCGUCGGUUUAGGAAAAGCAAUUGUGUUUGGCCAAGUUUUAAGGUAGCUCUGUUUCUUGAGAAAAUAGCCAUGAAGAGGCGAAAGAAUGAGGCCGGAAAUGGACCGGCGAUGGCGGCGAAGAGAAAAGCGAAAGGAGAGGUGGACAGAGGGAAGGAGGUGGGGAAAUCGACGGCUGAGGAGAGGGGGGACGAGGGGGAACGUGAGGGUGUGGCCGUGGAGGCGGAGAGGUUGAUGGAUUGGGAGGAGGGAAAGCGGCGGUGGAGUGUGGUGGACGAGCAAAUGUCAUGGGGGUCAUUUUGGUGCCCAUCUUGGGACAUUGAUGAGUAUCUAGGGGAAGCUUAUAACGAUGCCUCGUACGGUGAUGUUGUUUGGGAUUAUGAUAUAUGGGAUUUGGGAGGCAUCAAUGAGGUUCCAUGAUUGCGUGUUUGUUUGUGAGAGUGAAAGAACCUUCUUGCACUUCCGGCUUUGAAGGUUUUUUUUUUUUUUUUUUGUUUAUUGAUCCAUCAGCAAUUGCAUUCAAGAUCAAGAAAACCACACGGCAUUUACAAAAGGAAAUCCAUACGGCAUCUGGUUUUGAAGUUUGACGCAUGAAAUUCAAUUUUGUUUGUUCACUGCAUGUGGUGGAUCUCUUCAAUUUUGGUUCCAUAAUCAACACAUAGCACUUUUUUUUU